AUGCAGAAUCAAGAUGCUGCCAUCAAGAAACUGGAAACACAGAUUGAAUUCUUAUUCAAGCAAGUCCCUGGACACAACAAUUGCAGCAAUAUUAACUCAAUACCAAAAGAGGAAUGUCAAGCUAUCACCCUCAGGAGUGGAAAAGAAUUGAAGGAGACCCACAAGAAACCACCAGAGAAAAAAUUAGAUGAAGAAAACAAAGGAUAUGAAGAAGCUCAACCUUCAAUUCCUAUGCCACAUCAAGAAGAAGAAGCACUCAAACCAUGUUUCUCAAAGGCCCCAUACCCCCAGCAGCUGCAAUUGAAGAAAAGGGGAGAGGACAACCAAUUUUCAAGAUUCUUGGAAAUCUUCAAGAAACUACAAAUAAACAUACCUUUUGCUGAAGCAAUAGAGCAAAUGCCACUCUAUACCAAGUUCUUAAAAGAAUUGAUGACCAAAAAGAGAAGCUGGAAGAAUAAUGAGACCGUGGUGCUCACAGAAGAAUGCAGCACCAUCAUCCAACACAAAUUACCCCAGAAAUUGAAGGAUCCUGGGAGUUUCCAAAUCCCUUGUAUCAUUGGGGAAAUCACUGUGGAAAAGGCUUUAUGUGAUCUAGGAGCCAGCAUAAACCUAAUGUCUCUAGCAAUGAUGAAAAAAAUGAAGAUUGAGGAAGCCAAACCAACAAGAAUAGCGUUGCAACUAGCAGACAGAUCAUUCAGAUUGCCCUAUGGGAUAGUAGAAGAUCUGCUAGUGAAGGUGGGAGACUUCAUCUUUCCAGCAGAUUUCGUAGUAUUAGAUAUGGAGGAAGGAGCUAAGACUUCCAUCAUCCUGGGAAGACCAUUCUUAGCCACUGCAGGAGCCAUUAUUGAUGUCCAAAAGGGUGAACUUGUCCUUAGAUUACAUGAGGAAAAAAUGACAUUCAAUGUGUUUAAAGCCAUGAGGUACCCACACAACUCAUUGGGAGAAUGUAUGAGGUUGGACUCCGUAGAGGCUUUGAUACAAGAAACUCUUGAAGAAGAACUUGAAGCAUCAACAGAAGAAGAAUUAGCAGCAAGCGAAGAAGCUGCAGCCGCUGAAAUACAUGUUCAAGGCAUGCUAGAAGAAAAGGAGGAAGGAAAAGAAGUGCCCAAACUGGAGCUUAAAGCACUGCCAACACUCUCAAAUAUGCAUACUUGGGAGAAAAUAAAAGUUAUCCAGUGA